CCCGCCCCGGGCGCGGCGCCGCAGCCGCGGCCGCUGCGGAGGGCACGGCUGCUGCCCGGGGAUGUACGCCGGCAGGAAGAGGAAGAAGCCGGUGCCCAAGAGCCCCAAACCACCCCCUCCUGAGGGUGUGAAGUCCAACCCCUCCAAGCGGCACCGGGACCGGCUGAACCAGGAGCUAAACAAGCUGACAGGGCUGCUGCCCUUCCCCGAGGAUGUGCGCUCCAGGCUGGAUAAACUCUCCAUCCUCCGGCUGGCUGUGGGCUACCUGAAGGUGAAGAGCUACCUGAUGGCUACAUCUCCAAAGGUCGGCAACUGCAUGGAUCAGCCCAGAGCCCCAGGAGGGGACAGAAGGACAGAGCCACAGGGUGACAGGGAGCUGUUUCCUGAGGGGGAGCUGCUGCUCCAGGCACUCAAUGGAUUUGUCAUUGCCGUGACUGGGGACGGUUACAUUUUCUACAUCUCCCCUACUGUGCAGGACUACCUGGGCUUCCACCAGUCAGAUCUCAUCUACCAGAGUGUGUACGAGCUAAUCCAUGCAGACGACAGGGCCACCUUCCGUCACCAGCUGCACAGGACCCCACUGCACGCUGCUGACACCUUUCCCUCUGAGCAGCCGCUGCUGGCUGGGUGCAGUAUCACAUCCUGCCCCCAGCACCUCCAUGCUGAGAAGCAAUCCUUUGUGGAGAGGAACUUCACCUGCCGCUUCCGCUGCCUGCUGGAUAACUCCUCGGGAUUCCUGGCCUUGAAUUUGCAUGGGCGCCUGAAGUUCCUUCUUGGGCAGCAAAAGUCAGCAGCAGACAAGUCCCCAGUUGCUCUCUUUGCCAUCGCCACACUCCUCCAGCCUCUCUCCAUCCUGGAGCUCCGGACCAAGACGCUGAUCUUCCAGACAAAGCACAAGCUGGACUUCACUCCCAUGGCCUGUGAUUCCCGGGGCAAGGUUGUCCUGGGAUACACAGAGGUGGAGCUGUGCAGGAGGGGUUCCGGGUACCAGUUUGUGCAUGCGGCUGACAUGAUGCACUGCGCAGAGCACCACGUGAGAAUGAUGAAGACGGGGGAGAGCGGGCUGACGGUGUUCCGGCUGCUGACCAAGAGGGGCAGCUGGCUGUGGGUGCAGGCCAACGCGCGGCUGGUGUACAAAGGGGACAGGCCUGACUGCAUCAUCGCCCGCCAGCGAGCCCUGUCGAAUGAAGAAGGGGAGGAACAUCUCCGGAAGAGAAAUGUGCAGCUGCCUUUCAGCUUUGCCACAGGGGAAGCAGUCUUGUAUGGGAAUGACCUUCCUGGGUUCUUGGACUCGUUCCAAACCAAGGCAGAGUUGCAGGUGCAAGCAAGCUCCAACUCAGAGCAGCACUUGGUAGACCCCAGCUCUCUCCUUGGGGCCAUGAUGAAGCAGGAUGCAUCCAUAUACAAUUCCAAGGCUGAUAACGUGCCUCAGUUCUCCCUGCCAGGCUUCAUCCCUGAGCCUGAUGGGCUGAGCCAGAAUGAGGACAUCAGCAGUGCCAAGGAGGACAGCAACUCCCUCCUGGUGGUCAUCGAAACCCUCUUUGAGAAGAGUGAGGUGGAUGGAAACAUCUGCCAGAGCCUCGGUGUGGACAGCACAGAGCUGCAGCAGUGGGAGGAGGCUCUGCUCAGCCUGGAGGCAGAGGAGGAGCUGCCAGCUCAGGGGCUCCAGAGGCCGGGCACCAAGGUGACAUCCUGUGUGGAGCAGAUGCUCCUCAGGGAGGCUGCUGGGAAGAACCUGGACUUCCCACCCUGCCAUGAGGAAAACAGUGCUGUGGCUCACUUCCAGCACUGCUGGGCAGCUGGUUCAGUGUCGCCAGCCCCAGCACAGGCCCGGGCAGCAGGCACACGGGGAGGCCAGGGGGCUGUGGGCUCUGUAGCCUCCGUUACCUCUGAGGGCAGCUCUGCCCAGCCAGAGCAGCAGGGCCCAUUUAACCCAGCCAGGCCGGUGGCAGGGACGGUGCUGGGCAUCCCUGUCUCUGGCAGCAAAUCCUCUGCAGCACUUCAGCUGGCAAGCCAAGCAUUUCAGGCAGAAGCUACCCCCUCUGCUGCUGCUGGUGGCACUGUUCCUACUGCUCAGAGCCAGCCUGGGUGCCAGCUGGUGGGCUCAAGUUGCCCACCCCCAUUGCACUCAAACAAGUUGGUGACUCUGUGGCACAAUGUCCCCCUCCAGGCAAACCCAGCCAGUUGCCCAUGGGAGGCUUGGCUGGCCAGAGCUCCAAAACAGCUGGAAGCUGCAGGAGCACACGUGGAGUCCCAAACUCUGCCAGCUGGCAGCCCUGAGAGCCCCCCAGGGGCUGGGCUGUGGUUGCCACCCCUGUCCCAAUCUGUUCCUUGCCCUGCCCAGGGCUCGAAAGAGUCCCUGUUCCACAGGGAUGGGAAGCUCUGUGAUGUGGAGGCUGCUCUCCCUGCACCCUUAGGAGUCAGGCAGUUGCCAGGGCAUGACAACUUCUCCAAACAGCCCCUGGCAGCCCAUGUAGAGCCCAGCUUUUCCUGGGAAGGGGAGCAGGCAGUGCUCCAAGAGGACAAGUGGUUCUCGCAGCUGUGGCUCCCGCAGGCUGGGGCAGCUCCUCAGAGGAGCCAUGGGGAAGGGCCAGUGCACCCGAGCAGGCUCCUGCUGGGCCCCAGCACAGAUCCCAGUGCCCACCAGAUGGACUGCGUUGUGCUGCCUGAGUGCCAGUAUGGAAACAGCCUUUUUAGGCAUGAGAGCAGCUUCCUGAGGGAUGCUGCUAAAGUGCCCUCCCCAGCAGCUGGGUGCUUUGUCUCGUCCCACUGAGAACCACCCUGGAGCACCCUGCUCCUCACCGGGCUCAGUUUCGAGGUGCUCAGCUGCUCUCCCUGUGAAGGUGGUUGCAGGAGCACCCCUGUGUGCCGGGCAGGGCCCUGGCUGCCCCUCAGU